AUGUAUUAUCCAUACUCUGAAACUAAUGCAGAUUCAACCCCUGCACCAGAACUUUCGUCAUUAAUCAAUGAGAGUUCACAUCUCUUAUCUGGUAAUGUUUGCUAUCCAUCAUUUAACUCGUUGAGGGAGCAAGUUAUUAAUCCAUAUGAAAAGGAGCCAUUGCCAUCUUUCACUCCAAACAACCAAUCUUUUGUGAAAUAUGACUUACCAGAUCAAACCAAUAGUCUAUUGAGUGAACAACUUUCAAAUGUUGAAAGAAAAACUCAAGAAUGGAUUCAAGAAAGAUUGGGAUUAAUCUCAGUACUAGAACAAAUGAUUCAUGCAUUAGAUUAUCAACAACAAGAAGCUGCAAAGAAGAAAGCAAACGGAACGGCUACCAAUCUUGUUGGGGCAGCACUUAUUCGUAAUCAAAAGAAGGAUUUCAAGAAUUCAGGACUCAUGACCAAUGAUUAUUGUGCUUCCUUGUCGUUGGCUAGUUUGGUGAUUAAGGGAGUGAUUCCUUUUGCUGCUCUUCCAGUCGAUUUGUUAAUUCUUGUAAAGGAAACUAAGAAAGCAAGUGGAAAGCAACCUUCGAAAUUGGCAACUAAAUUGCUUCGAGUUGUUGUAGCAACUAUACAGCAAUUGAAAGGUGUUUCGGGGAGAAGUAUGUUGGAUUCUUCAAGAAAUAAUGGAGCUGUUUCGAAUAUUCAGACGAAAGAUGUUCGGAAAGUGAUUUUUCAAUCAAAAGAGCAGUUAAAUAUGGAGGAAUAUCAAGGUGGAAUAAUAUGCUUGGAUGAUUCGGAUAAGAAUAAUUCCAUUUUGAUUAAAAAUACGAUGAAGAGCUUAUUAACAUAUUUUGAUAAUUCCAAAAAUGGCGGUCAAGCACCGUUUCCUAUAAUAUUUCUAGUUGAUGAAGGAUCCAAUAUGCAAUCAACCAUGCUGUAUUUAUUUUCUAAAAUUAUUAUAACUUGUUGUAAAGUAAUUUGCGAGAAUAAUAGCAAUUAUACAAAUAUGGAAAGUAAUGAAUAUUCCAAUUAUAUUAGUGGUCAAGUUAGAAAAAGAAUUCACAGAAUAUUUACAGAAUCCUAUUGUUCAUUCACUGAAUUUAUAUCAGGUGCUGUAUUAGAAAUGAGAGAUGCAUCUGUAAAUGAAAAAUUAAUUAUCAGAUUCAUGUUGAUAAUGUUCCAUAUUUGGAAAUCAGCUCAAGAUUGGAUCAUUUUCCCAAUGGAAUUCAAAAAUCAUGUAAAUAGUUUGAAAAUCUUGCAAUUUAUCAAAAAUAAUUUGCAAUCCAACAAUUCUCUCAACAAACAAUCACUUUCCCAAAAUGGAAAUGUCAUUCAAGUCAAGAAAUUCCUUCCAUCAAAACCUCCAACCUAUCUAGAACCUGUCAGAAUGGACAUUGUCCCCUCAGUGUUUCAGUCCAUUCAAGCUUACUCUUACUCACUUUCAAUUUUACAAACUACUCAAGUUGGUGACCAAACUCAGAAUAUUCUCUCAAUAUCUGAUAAUUCAAAUCUGAGAAAAUCUACAACUGAUUCAUUAUCUUAUCUGAGAAAGAGGAAAAUAUUGGAAAAGGAACAAAUUGUAAAGGCAACUGAGGAAAGUAUGAUGGAGAAUAUUAGACAAACAUAUGUUAAUGAUAUGAGAAAUGGAGAUUUGACAAGUCAGAGAGAAGAACAUUAUAGAAAUUAUUAA